AUGCCAAAGCCCAGAUAUCCAUUCUGGAGCCCAAGCCUCAAACCCAGAAUCCAGUCUUCGAUCGGGGGCCUAGCCCUCCAUCCAUGGCCCAGACCUCCAUUCCAUGACCAAGAGAUCCAGCCUAUGACCCAGAUGUCCAGCCUGCGACCCAGACCUCCACCCAGGACCCAGAUGUCCAUGUCACGACCCAACACACCAUCCGGGACCCAGCCUUCCAUCCCUGGCCCAGAUCUCCAUCCAGAGCUUAGACCUUCAUGCCAGGGGCCAAAACUCGAUCCAGGGACCCUAACCGCAAACCCAAAAUCCAGUCCUGUAUCGUAUGCCCAGAUCUCCAUCCAGGGCCCGUACCUCCUUCAUAGGCUCAGGCCUACAUCUGGGUCCGAGACUUUCAGGCCAAGCCCAGAAGUCCAGCCUGGAGUUCAGACCACCAACCCAGAAUCCAGUCCUGUAUCAGAGGCCCAGACCUCCAUCCGGGGUUCUGACCAACAUCCGGGUCCCAGACAUUCAUGCCAAGGCCGAUUAGUCCAUUCUGAGGCCAAGAAUUCAAAUGGAGAAUCCAGUCCUGUAUCGGGGCCUAGUCCUCCAUCCAUGGUCCAGACUUCCAUUCAAUGA